AUGGAGAAACGAGGCCAAAAAAGACGCCAGCCAACUGCUCACCUCAGCUGUGAGCUUUGUCGCGAGCGGAAAGUCAAGUGUGACAAGCUUGAUCCAUGCACGAAUUGUGCGUCUGCGGGCGUGGUUUGUAUCCCAGUACGACGGCCACGAUUACCCCGAGGUGCCCAUGUUCAGCGCAUGCGAAGGAUCUCACCUGAGGACCCCGAAGCCUCGAUACAGGUCGAUGUUCCUUCUUCUGCAGGUGCAGGUGCAGGCAUUGCGGUUGUUGAUGACCUCAAGGAACGAAUUCGCAGGCUGGAGUCUUUGGUAGACAGCAUGCGCUCACCUACUAGUCAGAUCUCAAAUCUGGAUCAGCAAUCUCGGGAUAUCAUUGAAUUAACUCCAAACGAGCUUGACGAUGAUAGCUCAUCGACACACAACCAGGCAACAAUUCACCUGGGUGAUGGCAGCUUACGAGUAUUGGGGUUAAGCGGACCAUCUGGUCUGGACGUUGGAUGGACCUCCAUCAUUAAAGACAAAGAUAUCUCAAUACAACUGUGCCAGGUAUAUCUUCUAAAUGUAGACCCCGUUAUCAAAAUUCUACAUCGGCCGUCAGUCGAAAGAUGGAUGUUGCAGGGAGAACGAUACCUAGGAUUCUCUGAACGUCAUUCUGCGGUCGACGCUCUGGGCGCAGCCAUUUGCUACGCAGCAGCAACCAGUUUAACAGAAACACAGAGCUGGGCUCGUUUCCACGCAACCAAGUCCAGUAUUGUUUCUCGCGCGAGGAGAGCAUGCGAAGCAGCGUUAGAGAAGAGUAACCUGCUGGUAUCUCCCGAGGUUACCACCCUGCAAGCGUUUGUAUUAUACCUUGUUGCCAGGAGGUCAGAGGAUCCAAGUCGUGCUGUAUGGACAUUGAUGGCAUUCGCAGUGCGAAUCGCUAAAGCCCUUGAUCUCCCUGGAGGCGCAGACGAGACCUUCUUUAGCCAACAGAUGCGGAAGCGGCUUUGGCUCACGAUCUGCUUACUGGAUUUUCAGACCUCCUUAAGUCGGCCUUCUGAGCCUCUAAUAAGUGUAGCUGAGGCUACAUCAUCCUUCGCUCCGCCUAAGCAUAUCAAUGAUUCUGAUUUUGGCCCAAAAAGUUCUCACGAUAUCUCUGACCGGGAAGGGCUGACAGAUACCACCUUUUCCAUGGUGUCCUAUCAUGUCCAAGCUGCAGGCCGGCUCCUCAAUUUCGAGUCAUCGAGUACUGACAAAGAAAUCCUGCAGCAACACGUUCAGCAGUUUGAGCAGAAGACACUCCGCCUUUUAUUUUAUUGCGAUCCUGAAUCCACACCGUAUGCCUGGUUUACAUGGCAUCGAAUCCAGUGCUUCGUCACUGGAGCAAGGCUUUCUGCUAUCCGUCCGCUUCGGCAUCAACACAGGGGAAGCACUGGCCACCUGAUGCCAUCACUAGACACAAACGGAAGCGCAAGCACUCUUUCCUUGGCAUUGAAUAUUCUCGAGAAAGUGCAGCUCGUGCACACUGAUCCACGUGGAGAAGGAUUCCGCUGGUUUGUUACGGUUCCGUGGCAGCCACUUGCCGUUGCUAUAUCAGAAUGUUACGUCUGCCAAGAUAAAACUUUGAUACAGCGCGCGUUGCCCAUUGUGGAAGCGGCUUUUCAACAACACAAGGCUGCUGUAUCAGGGACUAGUAAGGCAAUCAGCACAACGUUGGAGAGACUCAUGUGUCAUGUUAGAGAAAAGCUAUCGCCAACCUUGUGUACGAGCAUCAGCUUAACCGCAAGCCCGGCCUUCGAGAUUGCAAACAUACCAAGCACAUUGUCCGUGCCGCACACGCCUCCUUCGCGGUCUAGUAUCACAUCGAAUGGGGAUUUAUUAAGUAACUGGCCCUGGCCAGCGCCAGACCUUCCGCAUAAUGGACCAGAUAUAGCUUCAGCGACUGAGGCGGCUCCGAUUUCGACGUCACUGCAGAAGCUGGACCCGUUAUUGCUUUCACUCGAUAGCCAGCUUGUGAUUGCUGGACAAGAGCCUUUAAUGGAAAAUGAUCAGUCAUGGGCAGCAUGGGAAGAGGUGAUAGCAGGCUUACAUGACGGUGAAACUACCAGACCUAACAUGUUUCUUUCCUGA